AUGAUAAAUAACCUGAGUCAUUUAAAUUUAAUGUUAGCCAGUACUAUAGUUUUAGCCUGCAUUCCAUUUUUUUUUACUUUUCAAUUGGAAUCACAUGAUAAAAGAACCGAUAGAAGACCUUAUUAUGAUAAUACAAGAGACGUACAUCUUACUAACCAAUAUUAUGAGAAAGAAUAUAAUGAUGAGGAAUAUACUUCAGAAGAAUAUUAUGAAGAAGACGAAUAUGAAAUCUAUCUUAACACUAGGUCUGGACCUUACCCAAAGAAUGCUGUGUCAAAAAAUAAAAGAAGACCAGUAAAGUUUCAAAAUCCACUUAAAAUAACUGUUAAAGAACUAGAAAUGGAAGAACCAACACCAGAACCCGUGAUCGAACCAAAAGAUAUAGAAUGGUAUAUUUCUUCUCCCAAAUCUGAAGAAAAUGAUGAAUGGUUCGAAGAGAAAUUGUCUUGA